GGCGGCGGCUGGAGGCGGCGGCGGUGGCGGCGGCGACGCGUCCCAGCCGGACCCAGUCUCCCGCCGUCCUGAGCAGGCCUGGAAUGGGUAAUGGUGUGAAGGAAGGUGCGGUGCGUUUGCAUGAGGAUGCCGAGGCUGUCCUGUCCUCACCCAUCUCUUCAAAGAGCGAUCACAGGCAAGUUCUCAGCUCCCUCCUGUCCGGGGCCCUGGCCGGCGCUCUCGCCAAGACAGCGGUAGCUCCCUUGGACCGAACCAAAAUCAUCUUCCAAGUGUCUUCGAAAAGAUUUUCUGCCAAGGAGGCCUUCCGACUCCUCUACUUCACCUACCUCAACGAGGGCUUCCUGAGCCUGUGGCGCGGGAACUCGGCCACCAUGGUGCGCGUGGUGCCCUACGCCGCCAUCCAGUUCAGCGCGCACGAGGAGUACAAGCGGGUCCUGGGCCGCUACUACGGCUUCCGCGGAGAAGCCCUGCCCCCUUGGCCCCGCCUCCUCGCCGGCGCUCUGGCUGGAACAACGGCGGCUUCGCUGACCUACCCCCUGGACCUGGUCAGAGCGCGGAUGGCGGUGACCCCAAAGGAAAUGUACAGCAACAUCUUUCACGUCUUCAUCCGCAUCUCCCGAGAAGAGGGGCUGACGACCCUCUACCACGGAUUCACGCCCACCGUGCUGGGGGUCAUUCCCUACGCCGGGCUGAGCUUCUUCACCUAUGAGACACUCAAGAACCUGCACCGAGAGUACAGCGGCCGCAGGCAGCCCUACCCCUUUGAGCGCAUGAUCUUCGGCGCCUGUGCUGGCCUCAUCGGGCAGUCGGCCUCGUACCCGCUGGACGUGGUGCGGCGGCGCAUGCAGACGGCCGGUGUCACGGGCCACCCGCGCGCCUCCAUUGCGCGCACCAUGUGCACCAUCGUGCGGGAGGAGGGCGCCGUGCGCGGCCUUUACAAGGGCCUGAGCAUGAACUGGCUCAAGGGGCCCAUCGCCGUGGGCAUCAGCUUCACCACCUUCGACCUCAUGCAGAUCCUGCUGCAGCGCCUGCAGAGCUAGGGCCCUGCGGUCAGCGCUCUCGGGACAGGGAGCUGGGCUUCAGUGCGCGGUGGACCGCUGACCCCUUCUAUUUCUGAGCCUAUGGAGCAAGGGUGUGCUUGGUUCU